AAAGUUGUUUCCGGGCGCAAUGGUAAAUAGCGCGAAAUAUCAACAAGUUUUCAUCACAAUAAAAAUAAUAAAAUUUAAUCUGAAGAUAAAUUUUUGCAAUGGUAGGCAUUGAAGUGGAGAAUGAGUCAGAAGAAGUCGGUAGUUUAAAAGAGGAGAAGGUUUUGGAUGCGAAUGAGAAAUCGGAUUCGGGAAUGGAUGACGAUUCGGUUAAAACUGACAGCCCUGAAAAGAUAGACAUGGAUUCUGAAAGUGAAGAUGAAAUUAUUGUUACUAAAAAACAGAAAAGGAAGGUAAUAUUGGAAGACAGUGAUGAAGACGAGGAAGAUUCAGAGAGUAAAAAGGAAGAUGAUGUUGAAAAGCCAGUUGAGGAAAAGUUUAUUAAGAAUAAGAGUGCUGAAGAUGUCCUUGAAGAGGUAAUGAAUGAAGAUGAAAAUUCAGAGAAAGAAUCAGAUAAUGAGAAAGCAGAGAGUAAUUCUGAGAGUCAAGAUACCAACAUAUUACAACCACCUAAACCUAUGUUUGGUGAUAGUGAUAUAUAUGACGCUGAAGAGAGUAGUGAUGAUGAACAGGAGACGGAGAAGAAAAAGUCCAGUGAUAAUAAUAAUAAUAGUAGUGACAGUGACAGCAAUGAGUCUGAUAGUAAUGAUGAUGAGGGAAGGGAGGAACCGGGUGAAGAUGAAGGUUUUGAUGAAAGUACAAUCGACCCUAAAUUAUUAGCUAAACUGAAAAAAUUUAAGGGUGCUGGUAAGACUGCUACUAGAGAGAGUAAGCAAAGAAAAGCAAAAGAUGAAGCCUUAAAUAUACAUAGUGAAUCACAAAGAUUAGUCAGAGAAUCUCAUAUCAAUCUACCUUACCAUCAACCUACACCAAAAUCAUUAAAUGACUUCCUAGCUAGAGCCAGUAAAAAACAAGAACAGUAUAAAUGUCUGCGAUCAGUUCGUGACACCAAAAAUGCCAGGGUUAUCGAAGAAACUCUAUCAGAAAAAAAAGAAAAAUCACCAAAGAAAGUGACUCCAUCACGAGAAACUAAAACCAGUUCAUCAGCUGAAAAAGACAAUUCAAAGAAAGAUUUAAACGAUGAAGCCAGUAAAACUUAUUUAUUUGAUACUUUAUGUAGUUUAAAAAACACCGAGAACGACAGUGGCGAUGAAUUACCAGACAUUACUCCUCGCGAUUUAAACAAAGAUUUUUCAAAUUCGGAAAAAGGUGAUGAUGACACUGAGAUCAAGUCUGCAGAGAAAGUUAGUGCUAAAAGUUCUGAAGAUUCACAAAUGGACACGGAAUCAAAUUUGGAAACAGAAAUGUGUAAGUCUAGUGAUCAAGGUGCUAAAGUGGAGAAUGAUGUGGAAUUUUCAUCAAAGUGUUUAAAUGAUGAUAGUGACAGUAAUUCUGAAAAGUGUUCAAACAACGACAAAACAGUAAUUUCUGAUUCUGAAAAAUUACCUGAAUUGAAAUCCACAGACACGUUAGAAUCCACACAAACUCCAAAACAAAAGAUACUAUCACGUUUAAACCUCUGUAUCGAGGAAAUGCCUAAACUCAGUGGAACCCCUGAUGAUUUUAUUGAUUUUGACAAUGAGGCCAACACUCCUAAAAACCCAGAACUGAAUAAAUUUAUGGACAGAUUUUUAAAACAUUCAAAGAAAAAACAACAUAAAAAAUCUAAAGAUGUAAAUAUAAGUAUUGUACAGAAAGAAUCUACUGGAGGUGAUAAAGAAGAAUUAAAGUUAAAUUCCUUCACAUAUCAUAUUGAUGAUGAUGAUGAUGAUACAGUCAGUAAAACAGGGGAAGAUAUACCAGGUGCUAAAUUAUUAACAUUAAAAGAGAAAUUAGAAGCUGCUAUGAAAGUAAAAAGAGAAGUAUUAAGACAGAAGAGAGAAGAAAUGUAUAACUUGGAGAAUGAGGAGGGAUUUGAAGAAGGGGAAGAUAACUUGUUAGAUAAUGAAGAUGAGUUAACAGACGGGUCUGAUACUGAUAUAGAAGAUGAUGAUUUUGAUAAACAGUUCGGGGAUGAAGAAUAUGAUGAUGAAGAACAAGAAAAGGUUGAAAAUCCAUUUGCUGAUGAUGAGGCAGAAGAUGAGGAUGAAAAAGAAGAUGGAGAUGUUAAUAAUGAAGAUGAAGAUGAUGAAGGAACAAUGAAACUACAGUUAGAAACAUCUGAUGAAGAAGAUGAAGAAAUUAAGAAGCCAAGUAAAUCUCAGAGAGUGGUAAUAUCUGAUGAUGAAGAAAGUAGAGAUACAGUAGAUAAUAAUAUUGAUAAAGGUCACGAAGAAGAGAUGGAUAGUAAUAAUGAUGCUAUUGAUAAUGAAGAUGAACUUUCACCUUUAUCUAAACACCUUAAAUCUAACACUCCAAAAAUGAGUCGUAUUGGUAGUCUCACAUUACCUAUAGAGAAUACACAAGAUUUAUAUAAUGAUACACAAGAUGGCUUUAACAACACCAACUACCCUGUUUCUGAUACACAACCUUCACAAAGUUUGAAUUAUUUACUAGAUUCUCAAUCACAGAUGCUAGAUGCUGAUGGGUUUUUAAAAGUAAGAUCAACCCAGCCAACUAGAAGAUCUCUAGGGAUAGAAGAUUUUCCUCAACAAACCCAAGACAAUAUGGAGGAGUUGUUGGGAUUGUGUUCAGGCAGAUUUGUUGAAAGUAGUAAUACAGAUAAAAAGAAGAAACUGUUUAAUAAUGAUGUCUCUACACAAGAUAAUGAUAUGGAUGAAUUAGUUGGAUUGUGUUCUGGUGUUUUUGCUACAGCUAAGAGUCAGGGUUUAAAAAGAAAACUAGAAGAUGAUGAUGAUGAUGAUGAAGAUGAAGAAUCAACCAAUCUGUUACUAUCAGAAGACGAGGCUACACAAAAGUUAGAGGAUAAUGAAAGUUCGUCUGAUGAUGAAACACCUAACAUUAUUAUUAAACAAAAGAAAAAGAAAGGUUUUAAAACUAAGGAUGGUAAAAUCCGAGCUGAUUUUGUAGAUGAAGAAGCUGAACUUUCAGGUAGUGAAUAUGAAAGUGAUGAGAAUUUAGAUAUAGAAGACGAGGAAGAUAUUUUGAUGGAAGAGGAAGGAGAUAAAGACAAUGCCGUCUCAGAAACAGAACUCAGAGAUCAAGUUGGCCGUGCUCAUUUAAAACAAGUGAUAGAUGAAGACCAUAGAGAAAUAGUCAGAUUAAAAGAAAUGUAUUUACCUGAUGGUGAUCUCCAUAGCGACAGUGCUGGUAGAAUGAGAAGAUUUCGCUGGAGUAAUAUAGAUGAAGGUUCACAACAAGAUAUGUUUGGUAAUGAUUCUGAAGGCGAGGAAGGAGCAGAUGAGAAUGAAGCUGCGGAAGAAUUGAAGUGGAGAAUGGAAAGACAUGAACGUGAAAAAUUCUUAGAAGAACAAAAGGAAAAUGAAGAAAAAGAAUCGCUGGAAAGAGAAGACAGUCAGAUUUUAAAAUUUGGGAAAUGUUUUCUACAGAAGAAAGAUCCUAAUAAAACUACAUUACAAAGAUCUGUAUCAUUACCUGUUAAUAGUACCCAGACUGAGACUGAUUCUACUUUUAUUAAACCUUCAUUAAAGAGUUCUAAAAGGGGUUCGUUUUUAAACAGAAGUAAAAAAGAUCUAGCUAAAAUAGCUGAUAGAACAAAGUCUAAAAUGAAUCCAAAUCAAACUACUCAUUCUAGAAACUUUGUAUUCCAAGUUAUAUCCCCUGAUAAAAAUAAAACAGAGCCUGAAAUAACUGUAACCAAGACAACACCCAGUUCUAAAGUCAAGAAACCACCGACUAAAAAACAGAAGCUGGACACGAAGAAAAAUACAAAAUCUCAAAAUUCCAGUUUAUUUAAACUAUUGGAAAAUUAACUUGUAGAUCUAAUAUAUCUAAUAUUUAUUAUAAUAAAACUUGUCUAUAAUAAUUUGAUAACAUCUUUGUAAAUAAUAAAUUGAAGUUUGAACUUGUUAUUGUUAAAAUAGUGCUGAUUGCGUUAAUAACAGAUUGCUUGGGAAAUACAAGCCUAUAUUAUGUUCAUUCAUUGCCAUGUUUUCUACCUCAUAAUGAAGUGGUUUUAACAUCUUAAGGUUUUGUUUAAGAUGAAUAUUCAUAAGAUUGUGAUGCAAGCAAAAAUAUUUGAGCACAUUCAUGGAUCACUAGAAGAUCAAUCUACCUAAAAGUAGACUAAUUUCAGUGGAUUUCUGAGUGGCGUACGAUUGGAAAGUUUUGAACUAUUCUGGUCUCAUGGUUAAUUCCAUAAAUCCAGAAUGUACAGAUUUCACCCCAUUGAGCAACCCCAAAGAUCAUGCCUGGCUGUAUAAAUAUGUUUGACUACUUUGCUAAACAAUGUCAAUAUCAAUGUAAAGUCAAUAUUUAAUGGUGCUUUGUACAGUUUCUCAAUGUAAAAUAAAUAAUUGUAAGACAUUUGUAAGAUAAUUU